UUGCUAGCGCAUUUUGCUUAUUGUAUUUAUUUUAUUUUCAGGCCAGAAGUUGAGUUCUGUGGUUAUAAUGUACCUCACCCAUUAGAAGACAAAAUUCUUGUUCGGCUACAAACAAAAAACGGUGUAUCGGCCGCAGAAAUGUUUGUGAGAGGUUUAGAAGAACUUUUAAUUGUUUUUGGGACAAUAAAAGAAAAAUUUCUUGCAUCAUAUGAGGCUUUUAGUGGUUCAUAAUU